AUGGCGUCUCCGCUGCCUGUCCGGACCUUGUCCUUGAUCCUGAUUCUGCUGGCUGUCCUGGCCCCCGGGGCUGCAGCCGACUUCAACAUCUCAAGCCUCUCUGGUCUGCUGUCCCCAGCACUGACGGAAAGCCUGCUAGUUGCCCUGCCCCCCUGUCACCUCACAGGGGGCAAUGCCACACUGAUAGUCCGGAGAGCCAAUGACAGCAAAGUGGUGAAAUCUAGCUUCGUGGUGCCUCCAUGCCGCGGACGCAGGGAACUGGUGAGCGUGGUGGACAGUGGGUCUGGCUUCACGGUCACCCGGCUCAGUGCAUACCAGAUGACAAACCUAGUACCAGGAACCAAAUACUACAUUUCCUACCUAGUGACGAAGGGGGCAUCCACUGAGUCCAGUAGAGAGGUCCCAAUGUCCACACUUCCUCGAAGGAAGGCAGAAUCUAUUGGGCUGGGAAUGGCCCGGACGGGGGGCAUGGUGGUCAUCACGGUGCUGCUCUCUGUAGCCAUGUUCCUGCUGGUUCUGGGCUUCAUCAUCGCCCUGGCACUGGGCGCCCAAAAGUGAGGAAGACAGCACCGGGCAGCAGGCUCCUCCAGGAAGUCCAAGGCACCGUCCAUUUCCCCAGCUCAGGGCUCUGCUUUUGCUCCUGUCUCCUCUGCUGAAAAGACUGCCUGCGCCCAGGCCACAGUCGCCAGGCUCUGGCUCCUCUGGUGCCAUCACCUCCCCUCCCUGCCCCCUCUCCACUGCAGCCCUUUCCUCCCUCUGUCCCCCUCCUUGUCCCCUAAGGCCUCACCUUGACCCAACACUCCCUAUUAUUCCCCUCAUCC